AUGGCAUUUGAACAAUGCCACUAUGCUGACAAUCAUUAUGUGAGUCAGUAUAUGUUUUUAUUAGAUUUCCUUAUAAACACUGCUAAAGAUGUGGAAUUGCUGGUGGACAAAGGCAUUAUCACUAAUGCGCUAGGCGACUCCAAGGCAGUAGCUACAAUGGUGAACAGCCUCAGAAAAAAUAUCAUAACACCAGGUGUACACUCUCAUUACCAUGAAGUUUGUUGUCAAGUAAAUAAAUUUUAUCGUAGCAGGUACCACAGAUGGUGCACAAAUUUGAGACGUGACUACUGUGGCACCCCAUGGAAAAUUGUUGGUUCUGCUGCCGCCGUGUUACUCAUUGUCUUCACUUUUGUUCAGAAUGCUCUGUCAUUUCGGUUAGCUGAAGUGGCUAAGUAA